AUGCUUCGAGAGAAGAGCAAGGACGGUGUACCACUAGGGAAGGUGGUGAAAUUUCGGAAAAACAACCAAGAGAUCCACCGAAAUAAGAAUAGUAACCAUGGCAAGGGUGGUAUGAUUGUGAAUCAAGGUGGACGCACAUCGGUAAACAUGGAUCCAAGGGGAUGUUAUAUGUGCGGUCAGGUCGGAAACUUUGCCCGAUCUUGUCCAACACUUGUGGAAACCAAGUCCCCCAAACUUGCGUUAGUCACAUGCUUCUUUUGUGGAGAAACUGGCCAUUACGCGACCUCAUGUCCUCUGAAGCCAACAAAGCCAAACGCCCAGCCUUCCAACCGAGCUGCAACAACGUCGUCAGUUAAGGAACCCCCAUCGAAGAAGCAAGCAACCCCAACUAAUAUUUAUGCCUUAGGAAUAGAACCAGCCAAACCCUCUGGAUCUCAGAAAUGUCCCAUAACAUUCGCCACUGAGGACCCGAAGAAUCACACAGCCGGGAAUUGUUCACACAGUCGGGAAUCAGUGAACGUGAUUGUUCACACAGCCGGGAAUCAGUCGCCACUGAGGACCCGAAGAAUGCUGAGAGAAGUGUCAGUGGUUGUUCAGGAUGUGAAUCUUCAUACGAAUCUGCUUGUGAUGCCUUUAGAGAGAUUCGAAGUCAUACUGGGUAUGGACUGGCUGUCAGGAUACGAAGCUCAUCUUGACUGCAAUAAAAGCAGAGUUAUCCUCGAGAGAAGAGGGAGGACACCUCUAAUCUUCCAUGGGAUCAGUCCUAGUAAAGGGGCCUAUUUCGCGUCAGUGAUAAGAGUGGGAAACUCAAUUGAAGAGGAGGGUGUAUAUUUAGUCACUCUAACUGUUGUUGGAGGAGACGAUGCUGAAGACUAA